GAACGCUCAAACAAACGUCAUCAGCCUGCGUUGGAGGAAUUAAUCUUCGUCUCAACAUUACCGCCGAGCUUUUCAAUGUGCGAGGGACCUUCAUCAAUAUGUGGACCUAUACCCCCAGACCCAUCACUUAUUCCUCAGCACUACAAAAGACCUGCUUCAGCUAAAGGUCGCAUAGAGGGAAACAGAGACGGGACGUUAGCCCUGCUCUCAGGGCCCCUGGCUCCAGACGCUGUUCUGCACCCUGACUACUACAAAGGUCUCACCUCAGCACGUCGCCCACGCAUUGGCCCCAGUGCCUCGCAUAUUCUGGAACGAGGACAGAGAGGCGUCAUAAGGGAACUACUUAAACUAGAUAGCUUUCCUGCCAAAGAGAUUAUUAAACUAAAAGAACCAGAGUUUGACUUUCGCAGAGAGAAUGUCCGUCGGCUUCGGGAAAUCCAGAGACGUUGCAAAGAACUGGAAGCUGCUCGUUCCACCCCGGUCAAAGCCCUCUGGACUUCAUCCAAAUACCAAAAUGUUCCAUCCAAAUUCAUGACACACCUGAAGGUCACCAGCCCGGCUGUCAAACCACAGUGUCAAAACUUUCUAAAGAGUCACUCUAACAAUAAAUGUAAGACACCACCAAGACCACGCUCAACGCCCCCCGCUGUCAGCUUUCAUCUCUCCAACUCCUGCUCGCCUAUGCAGGAUGAGAGUUUGCAAUUCCAGGUUAAAGGCCCGAGCGUAGACUUCAUCAAGUAUAAUGUGAAAGCUGCAGGAAAGACUAUGCAAAGGUCCCAAUCGAUGACAAACCUCCGAGACAAACCAGUGCCCAGCGCCGUCAAAGGCCAGGUGCCUCACUACUUAGAGCAGAGGAAGAAGCAGUGGCGUAAAGAGGAGGAGCGGAGGAGGAAGAACGCACCCGAUCCCUCCGUUCCACCACAUCACACCUUAAUGGCUGACAGCGAGAAGCAGGAAACUCUAAAGUCUCUCCAAGAAAGCCACCGCACCCUGGUGACAGAGUUGCUAAUGCUGCCUCUCAAAGCUGACAACCUGAGUGUCCGCUCACGCCGGGCUUAUCUUGAUAGAAGACUUUCCGAAAUCGAAGAAGCCAUUAAAAUAUUUUCCAGGGAUAAGGUUUAUGUCAAAAUAAAUUCCUAACACAUAAAGAGGGAGAGAAGGAACAUCCCCACCUGCUGAAAUAUAGUUUAUUGAACUUUGCUGUUACAUUAUGCAAUUUGACAGAAUGUUACUGUUCAGAAUGUAAUAAUCCACCUUGCAAAAUAAGCUUGUGUAUGAAUAGUAUUGUAUAUAUACAUGCAUUAUUUGUUAUUUUGUAAAGCAGUGACAUUUGACAUGUUUCAACCAGUUUUUUUUAGUUUAUAACCAACAGAUCGGCAAACAACACUGAUUAAUACGACUUUCUUUCAAAGAAGUCCCUGUAAAAAGCAAGGAGGCCUACUUAUUUUUGCUAAUCUGUCAUUUACAUUGAUUAAGUGCUUGUUUAUAUUUGUUGCUGUGAAUUGGAGUAAAGGUGGCAGAUCGAGACAGUGGCUCAUGAUUAAA